UCUUGUUCUUCUCUAGCCUUUGUGGCACCACCUUUAUAGCUGCAAACACUGUCCCUUUUGUGUCCUAAGUGGGUACAAGUCUUGAGCAACCGGAGUGUGUAAGAGUUUAAAGGUUUUGGGUCGUGAUUGCUUGGGUGUAUUGAUAAGGUUGAGAUUGGUAUAUUGAGCCCGAAUUUCACUAAUUGGAGGUCGAUUAUUCAACAGACAACAAAAACGAUUGUGGGGAACGAUGAAUUAAUUGCAGGUGCUCUUCUGGAAGAGUUAACAAGACCUGAAACUGCUAAGUAAUCAGGAUUCACAAACCCUGGAGAACAAGAUCAGCAAGGGAAUAUUCUCGCUCGGGAUUGGCUGGAUUCUUCGAGAAAGCAUUUUGAUUCGGACGACAAAUUUUAUCCCGAAGAGGGAAGUGGAAAGGGAAUGGUUCCCAAAAACCCUGGAGAGUUAUUGGCUGAGGAUAUGAAACGGGAGUCUUACCCACGAUUGCAGAUGAACUCAUUCUCGAUGGUGAAUUAGGAGCCAGGCUGAAUCAGAUGGUUCCAGUACCUCAUAUUAUCAAAAUUAAUGGAGAAAUUCCCUCAGCUGACGAUGCCAUGUCAGAUCAUGAAAGGCUGAUCUCCAGAUUGGAGUUAUAUGAUGUGGUUGAGGUAAAAAUUUCCGGGGAUGGUAAUUGUCAGUUUCAUUCCUUAUCGGAUCAAAUGUAUCGUACUCCUGAGCACCAUAAAUCUGUGAGAGAACAAAUUGUCUGCCAGCUGAAGUCUCAUGGAGAGCUGUAUGAAAAUUAUGUUCCCAUGGCUUAUGACGACUACUUGAUGAAAAUGAGCAAGAUAAGGGAAUGGGGCGAUCAUGUCACAUUGCAGGCUGCAGCAGACACGUAUGGAGUCAAGAUCUUUGUGAUUACAUCGUUUAAAGAUACGUGCUAUAUCAAGAUUCUUCCACAAACUCUCAUGACAAAGAGAAUGAUAUUCUUGAGCUUCUGGGCCGAAGUGCACUACAAUUCAAUUUAUCCACAAGAAGAAUUUCCUGCUGUGGAGAAGAAGAAGUGGAAACUAUGA